GGCAGAGUGGUGCCGACGGCCGCCGACGCUGCUCGUGCCGACCGGCCGCUCUGUCUGACCCGGGCGCGCUGGACGGGACGCAGACGGAUGCGGCUCGGGGUCCUGUCAGUGCCGCUGUCUGUGGGUGCUGUGCUGCCGCCGCCGACGGCGACGGACCGACGCGGGACGGCGGAGCCCACUGGCAGACAUGGAGCAGGCGAAAGUCGCCCCUCAACACCGGCUGAAGGCAGCUCCGUGCCGGUCUCGCCUGCGCGUCCGCCGUCCGCGGUUCCUGCGCGCCGGUUAUCUGAGGAACGCUGCCAGUUUUCUGGCGUUCACGGCGCUGUACGCGGGCACAAACCUGGCGCUGUUCGGGUGGCGCGUCUGGCAGUACCGUGACCGGGCGCUGCUCGAACAGAUGGCCCGCGGCACAGGUUUCUGUCUGAAUUUCGACUGCGCCAUGGUGCUGGUGCUCGUUCUGCGCCGGAUGCUCACCUGGCUUCGCUCCCGUCACGUGGGGCAACUGCUGCCCCUGGAACAUCACAUCUACCUGCACAAGAUGGCCGGCUGGUCGGUCUACAUCCUCAGCGCGGCGCACACCCUUUUCCACAUGGCCAACUUUGUGAACAUGUCGCAGAGCUCGGGGGUCACGGUGCAGGACUACCUAUUCGACACGUCCAUGGGCAUCGGCUGGUUCGCCGGCUCUGCCAACAUCACCGGCCUGGCGCUGCUCGUCAUCCUCACCAUUAUGGUCAUCUGCUCGCACCGCGCCGUCAGAAAGUCCGGAUACUUUGAGAUAUUCUACUGGACGCACCUGCUCAGUAUCCCCACCUGGGUGCUGCUCAUCCUGCACUCGCCCAACUUUUGGAAGUGGUUCCUGGUGCCGGGCGCCCUGUUUGCACUGGAAGUGGCCUGUCGGGUCAGCCGGGUCUGCAGCGACCGGGGCAGGUCGACCGUCACCGCCGCCACCCUGCUGCCGAGCGAGGUGGUGCGACUGACGGUGUCCCGACCGCCCGACUUCGUGUUCCGGCCCGGCGACUUUUGCUACGUCAACAUCCCGGCCGUGGCCAAGUACGAGUGGCAUCCGUUCACCAUCAGCAGCUCGCCAGAGAACGAAGACCAGAUCACCUUCCACGUGCGGGCUGUUGGAGAGUGGACCCGCAGUCUGCACGACAAGGUGCUGGAGGCGUGUCUCAAAUCCUUCCUCUACGACCAGUUCGUACUGAUGAAGGCCACCGCGACGCCCCACCCGGGCCCCAGCGACCUGGUCUGCCCGCAGCUGGCGCCACCUACACCGGCGACGGUAGCGCCACCGCCAGCGCAGCGGAAGUCGGGUGUAACAGCCGUGACGCCCGAGCAGCUGCAGCGCCUGGAGUGGCUGCGGCAGGCACAGGCCGAGUCGGCCCCUCACGGGUUCUCCUGUCAAAACCCGGCGGCGGACGGUCCGAGUGGCCUCCACAAUGCCGGGUUUGUGGGCGACGAGCGCGUCGAUCCGGUCAGGACGGUGUCGGCGCAGGUGUCGGAGGCGACGGUCGGUGCCGGCGGCUGCGGCGGCGGGUCGGCCAAACGGAGAGAGGCAGAGGGUCCGGCCAAGCGGAGAGAGGCAGAGGGGUCGGCCAAGCGGAUAGAGGCAGAGGGCUGCCAGCGGCCGGCGCCCGGUCCGGGGACGGUGGCCGGCUGCAGGACCGGCUCCGUCAGAGAGGCCGGCGCCGUCCAUAAACAGCACUCGCUUCAGAAGGGCACCGUCGAUAAACUCAGCUGGAAGAUAAUCCUGGACGGUCCGUACGGGGCGCCGUCGACCAGUGUGUUUCACGCGCAACACGCCGUGCUGGUGGGCGGCGGUAUCGGCGUCACGCCGUUCGCGUCGGUGCUGCACUGCAUCAUGGACCGGUAUAACGCGGCGCACCGGCCCUGUCCUCACUGCCUGGUUCCCACCUGCCUGGAAAUGCCAUCGUCAAUGCUCAAACUGAAAAAGGUGGACUUUGUGUGGGUGAACCGCGACAUGCGCAGCUUCGAGUGGUUCCUGGAGCUGCUGCACCAGCUGCGCGAGUCGCAGCAGCGGCGUGGCAGCCAGCUGGACAGCUUCCUCACCAUGCAGCUGCACAAGACGUCCUCACUGCCCAUCGUCGGCGCCGUGCCGCUGCGCAACGAGGUCAAACAGGGACGGCCCGACUGGGACAAGGUGUUUGGCCAGAUCCGGGACCGGCGGCGCGGCAAGGUGACGGUGUUCUUCUGCGGCCCGCCGGCGCUCGGCCGCGUCAUCAGGGAGAAGGCGGCCAAGUUCGGCUUUGGCUUCGUCAAGGAGAUGUUCUGAGCGCGCCGUUGCCGCUGUCGCUCCGUCCCGUGCCAUACCAGUACCGUUCCUCGGACAGGGGGCCGCCCGGCGCCCGCUGUCCGGAGCGAGCGCCGCCGUCAGGGUACGAACUGAACUCACCGGCAGCAGAGAACAGGAAACCAAAUAGGAUCGUGUGCCGAAUUCCCGUGGCCCUGCGCCGGACAGAGGGCAGCCCGAGAGAGGCCCGUGCUGCCGAGCGCUACCGAGAGCUCGGUUUGUCCACUCGGUACCCGUCUAGUACCCUCUGGUACCACCGGGUACAGGCUGGUACCGGUUUCAAGUGCGCGUCCCGGCCGUCGAGCUGAGUCAUUGACUGUGACCGCGUGUGACUGACCGAUUGUGACUGAGUGAGUGACUGGGCGCCGUGCGCCCGAUAAGUGAGUGCAUUGUGCGCGAGGCCGUGCGUUGGUCGUCCCGAGACCGGCUCCGGGGCCUUAGUGUGACGCCGUCUGCCGUACGGCGAGAGUGGGACCACUAAGUUAAUUAUUUGAGCAGCUGAACUCUGUGCCUAGUGACUGUCGUGAAGUGUAGUAUUGUAUGUGUAUUCGUGUAUCGUAUUCCUGUGAUAAAUAAUACAUGUGCGUUCAGUAA